CAAAAGAGAAAAAGCGCGAGGGAGAGAAAACUGAGAAGAGCGAAAUCGGAGGAUCGGCGCCGGCGAUUUCCCUAUUUGAAUCCACCGCUGAUAGUCGUCAACGGUUGUUUCCGGUGAACUGAUUAUAUUUCAGUAUUGAAAGAUUGAAAAUGUCUGAGGGGGAAGCUAAGAAGAUAUCACGUCAAGAUAUACAACUGGUUCACUGUUCAUGCCUUGCGAAUAUGGUUGUUGUUUAGCUGUUCUUCUGCGAUAGGGUUUGUCUUGUUAUAGUUAGAAAUAUGGAACCUCUUUAACUGUUAUUGGUGUACCACAAAUUUUGCAUCUUUUAAUUCGUUCUUACAGGUGCAAAAUCUUAUAGAAAGAUGUCUACAGCUUUACAUGAACCAGGAGGAAGUUAUCAGAACCCUCUUAGAUCAAGCAAAAAUUGAGCCUGGUUUCACUGAGCUUGUGUGGCAGAAGCUUGAAGAAGAAAACCAAGAAUUUUUCAGGGCAUAUCAUGUAAGGUUGAUGGUGAAGGAUCAGAUAGAGAGAUUCAAUGAUUUGCUUGAGAGACAGGUUGAGGCAAUGCAGAUGAUUCCAACACAACCAAUCCCUAAUGGAUCUCAGAUUCGUCAAAUCCCACCGAACUCAACAUGUCAAGCAAGAGAUCAUACUGGACCUCAUGUCAAGCCUGAGAAUGUGCACCAGACUGUUAAUGCAAAUUUAUCUCAAGUAUACACUAAUGGUGUGUCCUCGCUUCAACCAUGUAUGCAAAGUGCUAUUGAUGUGUCUGCUCAUGCAAGGAGAAUUGAUGCAUCCUCAAACAUGCUAUUGGCUCAGAGCUCAAAUUUGGGAAUGCUGCAAGGUGUGAGAGGGGGGAUGAUCAAGUCAGAAGCUGGUUAUUCAGGAAAUUUACCCUUCAUGUAUGGUACUGAGACAAAUAUCCUCGAAACUCAUCCUGGAAUUACGGAUCCAUCUGUAUCAUCUUUCAGCAGUGUAGAAUCAGAUUCACAACCAGUAAAUGAGACAGUGUUGGAUGCUGAUACAUCUUCAUUUGGUUUCUUGGGGCAGAUCCCUCGAAACUUUAGUUUGUCGGACUUAACAGCUGACUUUUCUAACAGUUCUGAUAUCUUGGAGAGCUAUUCUGGAUCAGCCUUCCUGGCAACGGAUGUUAACAAUUUAUUCUUAGAUCCACAAGAUAGGAGAGAACAUCAAGACGUUAAAAGGUUGGAUGCUAUAUAUGAAGGCUUGAGGUUUGAAGAUUUUGCCAGUGAUUGAGUGAACAAUGAGAUGGUCCAAUGGCUCCUGGUCUCAGAAGGUUUUGUAAAUAGGAUUGCGAAAGGAAGUUGCUUUGACACCUUGUGAAGACAUUAGUUUGUCAGUUUCAAGAUACUCGUUAUGGUUGACAUGUCUGUGGUUCUGGUGUAAAGACAAUAAUCUAAGCAAAAAGCUCUUGGAAAUGGUUCUCCUACUUUUUUUUUAUCCUAGAAAGAAAGCAUUAUUUUGUUUGAGUUCUGUGAAUAGGGUUGUGAUGAUUGAUGAAUUAGAUCUGAUGUAUGUAUUUAUUCUUUUUUUCAAAAGGUCUGAUGUAUUUUUUUUUAAUAAAAUGACCUGAAGUUGUGCUUCA